CGCAUACAAACACAAACUGUGUUCAUGUUAUUAUUAAAAACUUCCAAAAAAACUUAACAGUUUGACUAUAAAAUUCAUCAUGGAUAAAUGGAAUAACAAAACUGCUGUUGUAACCGGUGCAUCAUCAGGAAUUGGAGCUGCAAUUAUCAAAGAACUAGCAAAUAAUGGUUUAACAGUCAUCGGAUUAGCAAGAAGAGUUGAAAAUAUUGAAGAAAUCGCAAAAGAAUUUGAUGAAAAAAUUUUCGCGUACAAAUGUGACAUUGGAGAUUUAAAUUCCAUUAAAGCAGCCUUCAAGUGGAUUGAAGAAAAGUUUGAAAAAAUUAAUAUAAUUAUCAACAAUGCAGGAAUGAUUGCUGGAGUCAGAAUCUUCGAUGAAGGUGAAGAAGCAGAACAGAAAAUGAUUUCAACAAUUGAUGUCAAUUUCACUGGACUCGUCCACUGCACCAGGGAAGCUGUCCGACUGAUUAAAAAGUCUGAAGAUUAUGGAAUGAUCAUUAAUGUCAGUUCCAUUCGUGAUUCUAACAUUCCAUUUACUUCUUGGCCAACAAUUUAUCCACCAACUAAACAUGCAGUUAAAGCAUUCUCAGAAAUUGCAAGACAGGAACUAAUUGUCAGCGAACAUGACAAAAUAAAAGUAUCAAACAUAAGUCCGGGUCUAGUUAAGACAGGAAUAUUGUCUGACCAAAGUUUUUAUGAUACACGUCCUCAUCUGGCAUCGGAUGAUGUAGCACAAGCUGUUGUUUAUUUAUUAAGCACUCCAUACAAUGUCAAUGUAACUCAAUUGACUAUUAAGCCUGUUGGUGAGAAGGAAUAAAGUCAUUAGGAUUCAAAGUUUGGAUUGGAAAUUUGGUUUUUGAGAAGAAUUUUGGAAAUAAUUUUGAGUAGAAUCCUAGAUUUAUUGUCUUAUUAAUGAUUUGGAUGAAGAGUCGAUUAAUUACAUUUUUAUGGA